AUGGGCACCGGUUGGCUCCUCCUGGGGGCGCUGGGGCUGCUGGCUCGGGGGGUCCCGGGGGGUUCCCCGGGGCCGCUGCCCGAGGACGCGGCGCAGGAGCACGGCUACUACCUGCAGCAGCUCUUCGGGCAGUACGGUGCCAACGGGACGCUGCCCUCCGAGGGGCUGGCACGGCUGCUGGGCAGCCUGGGGCUGGGCAGGGUGCAGGUGGUGCGGAUCCAGCACGAGGAGCUGGGCCACGGCCACGUCAGCCACCUGGACCUGCUGGAGGUGCAGGAGGAGAAGCAUCGGCACCGGCACCCGGCCUGGGAGCACAGCCCGGAGCUGGCCCCCGGCAGCCCCCUGCCCACCCGUGCCGCCGCCGCCGCCGCCAGCCCCCAGCCCUCCCAGACACCAAGCUGGACCAAGCCGGUGCCCGCCGAGCCCUCCGGUGCCACCCCUGGGGCACCCCCACGCCCCCAGGCGGGGCUCAGCCUCCUGGGGAGGGUCCUGGGCCUGGAGCACUCCGGUGCCGACCACCCCCACGAUGAUUGCCUCAACGUCUCGCAGCUGCUGGGCAGCUUCGGGCUGGACUCGGGGUCGCAGCUGACCCCCGAGCAGUUCACCCUGCUCUGCCCGGCCCUGCUCUACCAGAUCGACAGCAGAGUCUGCAUCCAGCACCGCGACGAGGUGACGCUGCCCCCCCCGGGGGGGGCCCUCUGGCCAGGGCUGGGCUGGGGGCUCCUGGCUGUGGCGCUGCUCAGCCUGCCCUCGGCCCUGGCCAUCGCCCUGGUGCCGCUGCUGAGCCGCAGCUCCUUCCGCUCCCUGCUGACCUUCCUGGUGGCCCUGGCCGUGGGCACCCUCUGCGGGGAUGCUCUCCUCCACCUCUGGCCCCACGCUCAGGGCAGGCACCAGGAGGCGUUGGCAGAGCCGGGGGCGGCGGUGCUGCAGGGGCUGGCAGCGCUGGGGGGCAUCUACCUUCUCUUCCUGCUGGAGCUGCUCCUGGGGGUGCUGCGGCGGAGCCGGGAGGCCACGCAACGCUCCCCUGGAGAGAGCCUCGAGGUGGCCGUGGGGGUCCUGGCACCGUUACAAGGAGGGAGCGAGCUGGCGGCGCCGGAGCCAGAGCUGGAGCUUAAGCCCCACGGACACUCCCACGGACACACCCACGGACACUCCCACGGACACACCCACGGACACACCCACGGACACUCCCACGGACACGCCCACGGGCACUCCCACGGCUCCACACUGCCCCCCAAGCCCGGGGCCGCCGACGUGGUCUGGAUGGUGGUGCUGGGGGAUGGGAUCCACAACCUGACAGACGGAGUGGCCAUCGGUGCUGCCUUCUCCCACAGCCUGGCCAGUGGCCUCAGCACUGCCCUGGCCGUGCUCUGCCAUGAGCUGCCCCACGAGCUGGGGGACCUGGCAGUGCUGCUGCAAGCAGGCACAGCCCCCCGCACCCUCCUGCUCCUCAACCUGCUCUCGGCUCUGCUCUCCUGCCUGGGGGCAGCGGUGGGGGUGGCAGUGGGGCAGAGCUGGUCCCACCUCACCCCAUGGAUCCUCACCACCACCGCUGGCAUCUUCCUCUACGUGGCCCUGGCCGACAUGCUUCCCGAGGCGCUGCGGGGUGCCCAGGGCCCCGGGGAGGGCACCUGGAGCCGGUUCCUGCUGCAGAACGUGGGGUUCCUGCUGGGCAGUGGCAUCAUGCUGGGCAUCGCCCUCGCCGAGGGCCACGUCCGCGCCUGGCUGCAGCCCUGA